AUGGGCCGUAGACACCGUUCCGUGCACAAGCUCCUCGUGGCCAUAGCAGCUGCUUGCUUGACUCUCCCGCCACUGCGAACGGCGGCCUUCAUCCUGAGCAAGCAAACUUGGCAAACUAGCCUUAGACGACGUCUGUGGCUCACGCAGGCAACGCUGGGUUCUGCCUUGCUACCGGUAAGCACGCAUGCAGAGGAGCAAGUGGAGCAAGUGAAGAGGUUAGCAGUGGUUGAGACCUAUCCACCGUUUGGAUCGCUGGUGCCAUUGACGGGGGUGUUCUCGCUAGCCCAGUCUGCAGCGAAGCUCACAGACCCGGACGAUCUCCCCUCCAUGUCCAAGCGAUUCGGGAAGCUUUCCAAUGACGAUUUGGACGCAUACCGCUUCGUGUGCACACAGUAUAUUGGCCUCAUAAGGUAUGCUGAUCCUGAUGAGAAGGUCAUUGGCUACGACAAAGCUGGACGGUUCAAGGCCUGCGAUGAUGCCAUUGCGGCUGUUGGACGAGCCCGCGAUCUGCUGAAGAAAUCAGAUGCGAAGGACAAGGCAAAGAAGAAAGACCUGAAAGCCUUCCAGAAGGAGGUGUCUGCUAUUGGCGUAAACCUGGCUGGCUUCUUCGCGCUAAUCCCACAGGGUGACUUCGUCAAGGCGCUCUCCUUGGCGCAAAAGCUCAGAAGCAUGGAUGCUGACAAAAACAAUCAGCUGUCGGAGGAGGAGGUCACAACUGUCCGGUCCGGCAUGAAGCCCUUGUCACAAGAUGAUGCAGACAUCGUUGCAGCUCUGAGAAAGCUUGGAGCUGGCAGACUAUUAGUUCCAUAG